AUGUAAACCAUAGAAAACUAUUAAUAUGACAAAAAGGGAUUUCUAGGGGCAGGUAGUUUUGGUAGUGUGUAUAAGGCUAAAAAUAUAAAAACUGGAGAGAUUGUGGCUUUGAAAAGUAAUAGAUUAAUAUAUAUUUUCAGUUUUGGAUAUGAAAUUAUUCUAAGAUUAGUUUAUGAUCGAUUCAUUAAAAAAUGAAAUAAAAGUUAUGUAAACCUUGAAAUCACCUAAUGUGGUUAGAAUGCUUGAUGUAUUUGGCAAUAAAUAAUAAACAUAUAUGGCUAUAGAAUUAUGUGAUUCAGAUCUCAGAUCUGUAAUGCAUAAAAAGGGUCAUAUGUAGGAAUAAUAAGCUAUAGAAGUACUAGCAUAAUUGAUGAAUGGUUUCAAAGAAUUAGUAUCACAUAACUAUAUUCAUCGAGACAUAAAACCUGAAAAUUGUCUAGUUAAAAGUAAUGUAUAUAAAGUGGCUGAUUUUGGAUUCGCUACUAAAAUUGAUAUAACAGGAAGAUAAUUACUAAGAGAAUGUGUUGGUACUCCUAUCUAUAUGUCUCCUCAGAUUUUAAAUAAAUAGUAAUAUUCAGCCAAAAGUGACAUCUGGUCUAUUGGAAUGAUGUAUUAUGAAAUUCUUUUCGGUAAAACGGCCUGGUCUUGCAGAGAUAUGAAUAGUUUUUUAAGAAGUAUCAAAACAUAACCCUUACGAUUUCCUUAUGAAAGACCAAUAAAUGAAAAUUCUAAAGAUUUCAUCAAAAAAUGUUUAAUGAUUGAGGAAGCUAAUCGUAUUGGUUGGAAUGAAAUUUUUACUCAUCCAAUUUUUACUAUGAAUCAAUCUGGUCAAUUAUAAUAGAAAUAAAAUUAUGAAUUACCAUAAUAAUGUAUUAAGAUAUUAAGGAAAUUGUAAGAAGUAGUUGCUGAGAAUAAUAUAGAUCCACAUUAUAUUUUUCAAAGAUUCGAUAAAGACAAAAAUAAUAUUUUAGAUGCUAAAGAAUUUAAAGAACUUAUUUUGGCUGUUGAUCAUAAUACUACUCAAUUUUAAAUUUAAGCAUUAUUUACAAGAAUCUGUGGACAAGAUCAAAAAGUUAAUUAUAUUGAAUUUUAAAAAUUAUUCACAGAAUUUGAUUUUUCUGAUCUAAAUGAUAGAGCAGGAAUUAUUAUUAAAGACAUUUAAGCUGUAAUCAAGGCUAAUAACAUUAAUAUUACAUAAAUAUUUAAAAAAUACGAUAAAAAUCAUUAAGGAGAUCUAGAUUAUUAAGAAUUUUAUAAUUUAAUCAAAGUAAUUGUACCUGGAAUUAAAGAUUAUGAAAUUUAAUUGAUGUUUUCUAAAUUCGAUCGUGAUAAUAAUGGUGCUAUUAGUUUUCCUGAAUUUUCAUAUAUUCUCAGUAAGGGCACAGGUUAAACAUAAAAAGAUGGUAUCACUUAAAGAGCCUCAGGAGUAUUAAAAUAAUUGUAAAAUACAGUGAGAAUUAAUAAAUUAGAUGUUAGUAAAAUAUUUCAACGUUUUGAUAAGUCUGGUGAUGGUGCUAUUGAUUAAGAAGAAUUCUUUUUAUUAUUAAGAGUAUAAUUAAUAAUUUAUAAUAGGCAAUAGAUGGUAAAAUAAGUAAAAAUGAAGCAGCCAGUGUUUUCCAUAUUUUUGAUAAGAAUCAUGAUGAUUAGAUCUCUUUCGAAGAAUUCAAAUCAUUGCUAUGA